GGGAGCGCAGGGGUUCCAUAAUCCCACGGCGGGGCAUCGCUAGCCUCCCGGUUCGCAAACCGAUGCGGAACCCUGCCGUCUUCUUCUGCAUUAUGGUGUCGGCUUUCUUGAGGCGCAGUUGAUGCUGUCGGUAGCGCGCCCAAAUUAUGGUUCGGUGAGAUCCCUCCUUUCACUACGUGGGGGAUGACGACAUUGGUGAUGAAAUGUUGAAGUAAGAUCGCGAUCGAGAGCUUCUCCUGUAGAAUGGAGGAGUUUGAGGCUUCGAAGUCCUUCAGGUUAGCAUAUCGGCAGCCGUCACUGUCACACCAGAGCAGAGGCAACACCGGUCAGAUUGUUGCAGUUGCCGAGCUGCUUUCAAUGGGGAUGGCUUGUAUGCAGGGAGAGGAAGGUGGCAGGCGCUUUAAAUGCAAGAUGUGUGGUGGAUGGGGGAGGGUAGUUCCGGAGCUUUUGACGAGGGAAUGGGGCGGCGGCCGUGCUGCGACAAGCUCGGAGUGAAGAAGGGGCCGUGGUCGGCGGAGGAGGACAACAAGCUCAUCAACUUCAUCCUCGCCAACGGCCAUUGCUGCUGGCGCGCGGUCCCCAAACUCGCGGGGCUGCUGCGGUGCGGCAAGAGCUGCCGGCUCCGGUGGACGAACUACCUGCGGCCGGACCUUAAGAGGGGGCUGCUCAGCGAGGAGGAGGAGCGGCUGGUCAUCGACUUCCAUGCCCGCUUGGGGAACAGGUGGUCUAAGAUCGCUGCAAUGUUACCGGGAAGAACAGACAACGAGAUCAAGAACCUAUGGAACACUCACAUCAAGAAGAAGCUUCUCAAGAUGGGCAUCGAUCCCGUCACUCAUCGUCCGCUCCAUCGGCAGGCGAGCCCCGAGGCCUCGCCGUCCACCGUGACCACGGACAAGUCCGACGACCAGUUACAGUCACAAGGAAACGAAGGCCAAAUACCGUCCUCGGACAACAGGAGCCCAGCGGAAGCAAGCUCCAUCGAUGGCGGCACGGACCCUUUGAUGAGCUGCCUGUGGGAAGACAGCGCGCCGGUGCUUUUGGAUGAACUGUGGCAGCUCUCGAGUGACGACGAUGGCAACAACUACGGCAGCGUCAUUGCCGGACGAAUGCCGUGGGAGGAAGAAGGAAGCUCCGAGUGGCUGCUGGACAUCCAGGACUUGGAGAAUUUGGAUGGAGAGAGAUCCAUUAGCGCACAAGGCUACCCGAGAAGGUAGACGACGAAGCACAACAAGUGUACUGUCACAACUGUGGAUUACCUAUCG